ACAAAAAAUAUCAUAGUCUCUAGCAUCUCAGAAAAACUGUCUUUUUUGGUUCCUUGCUUCAUAGCUUUCGCUAUAUUCUGAUUCGAUCUUGAUUCAAAACGAAAAGAUGAUUUGCUGUUACUUCAAACCAAAGUUCUACAAGAAAUGCAAACAUUUGAUCAAGUUCAUCAAGAUUCGGCUCAAUAUACAGAGGAAAAAGAAGAACGCUAUGGUUAGCUUCUUGAAGACAGAUAUAGUGGAGAUUCUCAAGACCGGCCAAGAAGAUGAUGAAAGAGCUUAUAAAAAAGUAGAAGAAAUACUCGAAUACCGUCAAAUAAUAGCGUCUUAUGAUCUAAUUGAGAGAUUUUGUAACUGCAUCUCUUCUAAUCUCACGUUAAUGCUGAAGCAAAGGGAAUGUCCCGAAGAAUGCAGAGAAGCUGUAUACUCUCUUAUAUAUGCAGCAGCAUGGGUUCGCAAAGUACCUGAACUUAAAGAUCUUAGAGCUUUGUUUACGCGUAGAUAUGGAGAUCCCGUUGAUGUAAAUCAAGAGCUUGUUGAGAAACUUGUAUGGCGAAAACCUUCAAGGGAAGUUAGGGUUCAGACAUUGCAAGAGAUUGCUCAAGAGGCUAAGAUCAGUUGGGAUUCUUUGUCCAAAGGCAGUUUGAGCUCCAGUUCAAGCUCGAGUUCUAAAAGAAGAGAAUCGGUGAAGAAGAUUUUUCCUUACAAGAAACAAGGAGCACAAAACGAUGAACAAGGGCACGACGAGAAGAAAGAGAAGAGUACUGUUCAAGAAAAGUCGAGGUUGCGCGGACCCCAAGGCAGUGCGAGUCUCACAAGCACAAGCAGUAACGAAGUUUCCUCAACAAAAGAUUACAAGAGAAAGUCGUUGUUCCAGAGACCGAAGAUUCUUGAUUAUGAUGAAGUGGUGGCUCGUCUAGCUGACCUUCGCCGAAGCUAGGAGAUAGUUAAUUAGUAUAGUAAUUAGGGUUUCGUUUCGUAAUUAGGUCUAUAUAUGUACUUUAGUAAAUAGAUUUCGUGAAACAAUUAAAGGCAUAUUUUUUUAAUUUCAUCU